GAGUUUCGUUGUCGUGUUUUGUAUCUGUACCCCCGACAAAAAUUCCAAUACAACCGGCACGGCAUCAUAUUCAUCACUUGGCAAUUUGUAUUUUUUAUAUAAACGAUAGUUGUAGCCUCCUUUCUCCGUCUCCCGUUUUAGCCAUCCAUGGAAGUCUGGAUCUUCAACUACCUUCUCUUCUUCCUCAUCUUCUACUUUCUUACCCAAAGGUUGUUCCAAAACAGAGGACUCCCACCAUCCCCUGCACUUUCCCUUCCCAUCAUAGGCCAUCUCCAUCUCAUAAAGAAGCCCCUCCAUCGAACCCUUGCCAAGCUUUCCAAGCAACAUGGUCCAAUACUAUUCCUUCGUUUUGGAUCCCGUCCGGUCCUUGUCGUGUCUUCUCCAUCUGCUACAGAAGAAUGUUUGUCCAAAAACGACACUGUAUUCGCAAACCGGCCUCGUCUGCUUGCCGGUAAACACCUUGGUUAUGAUUAUACUACACUUGUUUGGGCCCCAUAUGGCGAUCACUGGAGGAACUUGAGGCGUGUGGUGUCUCUCCAACUCUUGUCAUCGAAUCGUGUUCAAAAGUAUCUCGGGAUACGCAUGGAUGAAGUUAAAUCUUUGGUUUUUAGGCUUUUUAGGAGUACUUCAAAAGGGAGUGGUGAGUUUCAGGUCGUGGAGAUGAAAUCGAUGUUCUUCGAGUUGACUCUUAAUGUAAUGAUGAGGAUGAUUGCUGGGAAGAGGUAUUGUAGGGAUGGAGAGGAUGAAUUGGAAGAAGAGAAAAAGUUCAAAGAAAUUGUGAGAGAGUCCUUUCAAGUGAGCGGAGCCACAAACAUUGUAGAUUUUGUGCCCAUGUUGAAAUGGGUUGGAUUAAAUAAAAUUGAGAAGAAGCUUGAAAUAUUACAGAGGAAGAGAGACGAAUUCAUGCAAAACUUGAUUGAUGAACGCCGAAAACUAACCUCCAGUAAUUCAUGUUAUGAGCAAAACAGCAAGACAAUAGUUGAUGUUCUUUUAUCGGCUCAAGAAACUGAUCCUGAAUAUUACACAGAUGAUGCCAUCAGAGGCUUUAUGCAAGUAUUGUUAUCAGCAGGGACUGAUACUUCUGCAGCGACCAUGGAAUGGGGGCUAUCACUUUUGCUAAACAACCCAAAAACUCUUGAAAAGGCCCGAGAAGAAAUCGACAUGGAAGUGGGACAAAGCAGGCUUAUCCACGAAUCAGAUUACGAGAGACUUGCAUACCUCCAUGCCGUCAUAAGUGAGACAUUUAGGAUGUGCCCACCUGGCCCACUUCUAGUACCACACGAGUCAUCCGAGGAGUGCAUGGUGGGAGGUUUCUCAAUCCCUCGUGGCACGAUGUUGUUGGUGAACAUUUGGGCGAUGCACAAUGACCCUGUAUUAUGGGAGAAUCCCACUGAAUUUAAGCCCGAUAGGUUCCUUGGACCUGGACUUGUUAAGAAUGGGUUCACAUUUUUGCCGUUCGGGACAGGCAGAAGGGGGUGUCCAGGGGAGAGUUUGGCGAUGGGAUUGAUUCCAUUGACAGUGGGAUGUUUGAUUCAAUGCUUUGAGUGGGAGAGAAUGGGUGAGGAAAUGGUGGAUAUGAGUGAAGGAAAUGGGCUCAACAUGCCCAAAGCUCAGCCCUUGGUUGCGAGGUAUAGGCCGCGCCCAGCCAUGAUGAACUUACUCUCUCUACUUUAAUUUUCUUUUUUUGUAGGUUUAAUACUUCUUUUGGCCCCUAUAUUAGAGAUAAAUUAUCAUUUUGGUACCUAUACUAUUUUCAUCAGUUUGGCCCUUGUACUCUACUUAUCUUAUCAGUUUGGUCCCUGUACUUUAAUUUUGUAA